GUCUCGUCUGAAGUUUUUCUUUUCCCCUCGCCUUCAGUCUCGCUCGGUGGAUUUUGCAUUGCGUCCCUAUAUAAUAAAGAGGGAUUGGUCGUCUUCAUUUAUCUGAAGUUGAUUUUUUUUUUAAAACAAAAGGCGGGGUAUUUUGGUAAUGGAUUGUGAAGUGUGAAAGUGGAUGGUGUCGGUGUUGAGAACAUAAGCUAGGAAAGGGUUAUUGGUGUUGACGUAAUAGUGAUAAAAUUUUGAAGUUCAAGUUUCCUUUCAUCGAUAUAGAAAAAAAAAAAAAUCUUUUUUGAAUAUUUGUGAAUUUCAUAUAAGAAGAUAUAAGAAGUGGUGAUAAAAAUAUAGUAUCUAGAGAAAAUAGAAUUAAGCCUUUGCUGGUUGGAAAGAGAGGCAAGUUUGAAAAAGAAAUAGGUAAAUAGAGUGAUAGAGACAUCUAUUUGCCAAGAGUGUCGUAAAGAGUUCAAAGUGAAGUUCGAAGUGGAAGCCGAGGCCAGAAUGCGGAGGCAGAACGUUCAAACGCUUUCAUUGGUGGUUUGUACAUUUACCUAUUUACUUAUAGGCGCCGCUGUGUUCGAUGCCCUUGAAUCGAAGACGGAGGAACGGCGGUUAAAAUUAAUUAAAAAUAUCCGAGAGAACUUGGUGAACAAAUACAACUUCUCCUACUCGGAAUACAGGCUCAUCGAGACGGUGAUCAUCGAGAACAAACCACACAAAGCCGGACCUCAGUGGAAGUUCGCCGGAGCGCUGUACUUCGUCACUGUUGUUGUGGCUAUGAUAGGCUACGGGCACUCUACCCCCGCAACAAACAGUGGAAAAGCCUUCUGUAUAGUGUACGCUGUGGUGGGGAUUCCCCUUGGUAUGGUGAUGUUCCAGUCUAUUGGUGAACGUUUGAACAAGUUUACGUCUAUCAUCAUCAAGAAGAUGAAGAAGAUGCUGGGAUGCAGUAACACAGAAGCCACAGACGUGAACCAGCUGUGUGUGACAGGGACUCUCUCGUCCAUCGUCAUGACUGUAGGGGCGGCUGUCUUCUCCCACUACGAGAGCUGGAGUUACAUCGAUUCGUUUUACUACUGUUUCAUCACGCUCACCACUAUCGGCUUCGGGGAUUUCGUGGCGCUGCAGAGACGCAACGCCCUCACCAACGAGCCCGGUUACGUCGCCCUGUCCUUGGUCUUCAUCCUCUUCGGCCUUACCGUCGUCGCCGCCUCCAUCAACCUGCUCGUGCUGAGGUUCAUGACGAUGAACACCGAAGACGUGAAAGCAGGCGACUACGAGAUGCAGGACGCCUCACAGUCGGUGGUCACCCUCGACGGCGAGCUCAUGGCCAUCAACGGCAAGGUCCUGGCAGGCACUCAGGAUGCGGAGGGCCUCGGGGAGCGGCGGGCGUCUUACACCAGCAUCGCCACCGUCUGUUCCUGCACCUGCUACCCGCGUCCGCAUCACAGUCCUGCGGAUAUCAGGCAUCGGUAUUCGGUUGUUAGGUCACCCUCUCGGAUUUCACACCUGCUGGUCGACCAAGCGGGGACGAGCAAAGUGGCGCCUCAUGAUAACGACCAAUUCCCGCCUCUCCUUCACGACUCCUUCAUGGUUGCCAACUACCUCAAGAUGAAGAGGUCGUCCGUGUGAGAGAGAGAGAG